AUGAAGAUAGAACUGAUGCUCCUGUGCUGGAAAAUCUUAGCAGGCCGCUCCCUACGCAUCGAUUACGAGGUGGUCGAUGCAGCCAAAUUCACUCAGGCGUUCGGCGAGGGCGUGAAAGUGCAUUUCGAGUCUGCUAGGCCAAAGGGCAUGCCGGGUCUCCUCGUGCAGGGCGCCCUCGAUGGCACGGUGACUUACAGCAUUGUCAUGAACGACUUCCCGACUGUAGCAAAACUCGUUGUUCCAGUGCCAGCACCGGACAUCUCGCUCGCGCUCAUCAGCCGCUGCGGUCAGCAAAUCGAUCCUCUCGCGUGA